UGAGCGCUUGAGCGAGGAUGGAAGCAAUAUAGGCGCCUCUGCGGCGCACAGACCAAUCGGGCAACUGUAUAAGUGGCAUAGAGCGCGCUGUUUCAAUGCAAAUUAUUGCUUCGUACUGCAAGGGCAUGCCCAUAAACCUUCGCUCUGCUCUCUUAACGAUAGAUAACAUGCCCGAAUCACCCCAAGAGUGUGAUUCCGCUCAUCCCUGGGAGCGAAGAACCUUAUACUCCUCAGGCUCGCAGGCACUAGCCUGAGUAGCUGCAUACAGCCAUCUGCUCUACCGCGGCCGCCUGUACUGCACAUCGCCAUGGCUGAUUCCGCGCCUGCGCUUCAGCUAAAAGAUGAAGGCAAUUCACUGUUCGCAAGUGGCGAAUACUAUUCUGCGUGGCUCAAGUAUGGGCAGGCCAUCUCGCACGAUGAUCAGAAUGCGAUCCUAUAUGCCAAUCGCGCGGCGGCCUUGAUCCACUUGGAAAUGUUCCCGGAGGCAAAAUCUGAUGCGCAGAAGGCUACAGAAUUAGACCCGACGUAUGCGAAGGGUUGGGGUCGUCUCGCUGCGGCAUGCAAAGGUUUGCGAGAAUAUGAGAAGAGUGCCGAGUAUUACAAGAAAGCAAUAGCUUCCAUGCCGACUCGGAAGCAAGAUCUCACUGCCGCGAUAUUGAAGCAGAAGGAGCAGUGGGAGGUCGCAAUGAAGACCGCGCAGGACCAUGCAGCGAAAGUCUCUGCGGAGACCAGGGAGAUGAGAAGCAAUUGGCCUCCGGAUCGUGCCAAAGCGAUGAAAGAUGAGCUCCAGGCUCGUUUGCCCGAGAGCGCAAGCAGUAGCGCCUGGGUUCUGCUGCGGGCUUCUGAGUUCUGGGACAGGGGCAUCUUUACUUUGACCCAAUUCAGGCAGCAGCCAACAAUCCGCGGAAUAGGAGUUUUUGUCUGCCAAGACGUCGUGGCCUGUCUCACGAACGCCAUACUCGUCGAUGAUCGUGUAUUCAACAUCCGCACGCCACAGUUGGCGGACAAGUGGCCUCUACAAGUGGCAAUGGAAGAGAGGGUCACUGGCGCAUGGAGUGACGACGUCCCGGCGCAACAAGUCAAAAGAGAAGCAUUGAUACGCCAACAGCAGGGAGGCUGGGAUUCAGUUCGCCGUUCGAUUGAUACCACUAUCCGCGUAAGGAUCAUGCGAGGCCUUACUCACUAUAACGCGGCGCUGGAAUUGCUUGAAUGGGGACGGACGGGCCCGUGGAAAGAUGUCCCUCGCGAAGACAAAGGCGAGAUCUUCGAGUUACAUUGGAUGAGGGGUCUUCGUAGGCUGAGACUAGAAGCAUUGAGGGUUGCUUCAAGUUGCAAAAUCACAGACUUAACCCCUCAGAGCCCGAUAGCCCCUUUGGAAGCCCUGUAUGAAGAGGCGCAGAGCAUCAUUCGCGAGAUGCCAGAGAUCGGACAAGCAGCAUUUCCAGGGGGACACCAGGACUACGGGGAUGUCCGUGGUUUCCUGUCGGCGUUCGGCGUCUAUCCCAAGGCCUACGCAUUGGCCGAUGUCGGCUUCUACCACGAAAACAUGGCAUGUCGGAACAUGGAGAACAAUUCCGCCGCGGCGCUCAAUCAUUUCUCCGAGUCGCAGGGGGCUUGGUAUCAGGCGGCCAUGCUAUUCCCUCGGGAUGAUGAACAACACAUCUGGUAUCUACAUCUUGCGUUACACGGACUGAAAAUGUGUGUAGGAACCCGAUUCAGGGUUGCCCUCCGCAUCAUGGAACAGCUCCGACAAGACGUACCGGAGGCGAGGAAGAUCUGGGAAUACUCCUUUGAUACUAAGGAUGCGGGACGUGGAAGAGUCAUGCGUCAGCUGAUAGAGAAGGACUUGCAGUUCGAACGGAAGAUGAAGAAGGACAUAAGGGGCAGGAAGUUCACCCCGGACAGCGUUAUACCGCCGAAAUACUUCCCCAAUUGAAUGUCAAGUCCAUGUUGACUGUCACCCUGAUCGCCUAUUGUUGUACUUGUACCGUAGUUGUUUCUCUUGAUAUGUUGCGGGUGGUCGACUUGAGCUGCAGAAUUCAAAUGUCUGACAGAGGCAGAUUAUAUAUGUGACCGGUCCUCCAAGCUAGUGCCGCCGUGGAGAUACGUGACAGAUUGACCAACAUCGACAAGGGCUUUAGCCAACACAUGAAAGCCUAGUAUUCCCUCUGCGUUGCC